AUGGCGGAUCGCUACAAGCUUGCAUACUCCGUGCCACGUUCUCAUUUAGAUGCCACUAAAGCAGCCAUCUUUGAAGCUGGUGGCGGUACCUACGAUAACGGCAAAUACAUUCAUGUCGCUUUCGAGAGCCCAGGCACAUGCCAGUUCAUACCUGUCUCUGCUGCGGGAGCUACCCCUCACACCGGUAACAUCGAUCAACUCGCGCAGGUGCCUGAAUACAAGGUCGAGAUCCUUUGCGUCGGGCGCGAUGUUACGAGAGAGGCAGUUUCUGCCUUGAAAAGGACGCACCCAUACGAGGUGCCGCCAUAUGAGGUGCAUAAACUCGAAGACUUUUGA